AUGCUGAUCAUCAUCCUCACCGAUCGCUUCAUUGGCAUAGUACAGUGCAUUCAGGGGAGCCUGAUCCUUGCUGGGCCUCGCCUGAAUGGUCCUGUGCCUCUGUCUGGCCGCUGGCUUGGCCCAGCUGCCCGUGCCGAUGCUGAGCAGUGCCACCAGGGCACACAGUGUGAUCCACUUGAGAGACAUGCUGUUGCAGCAGCAGCGGCCGCAUCUUUGUUGGGGCCCUACUGCAACGAGGGACAAUUUCGCUGCGUGCCGAGCCUCAAGUGCAUACCCGAAACAUGGCGCUGCGAUGGGGAGUACGACUGCGGCGAGGGUGAUUUAACCGAUGAAGUCAACUGUACCGAUGCCGUGGCCCUCCAGUGCAGCGCCUUCGAGGGCGAGUGCCACAAUGGGGAAUGCCUGGAGCUGUCGCCCUUCUGCGAUGGCCACUGGGACUGUGAUAGCGACGAACUGCAAUGUGAUAAACAGGACGCUGCCUGUGCAGCCAUGAACUGCAGCUACAACUGUAAAUUGACGCCGCGGGGACCGCGCUGCUACUGCCCCGGGGGUCAGGUGCCGGAGUCGCUGAACUCCACAAGGUGCGUGGAUCACGACGAGUGCCAGGAGCCGGGCACCUGCGACCAGCUGUGCCGCAACACGCCCGGCUCCUACGAGUGCUCCUGCGUCUCCGGCUACGACAAGGCCAAGGGUGGACGCUGCCGGGCCAUCAAUGCAGCAGCAGCGGCCGCAUCUUUGUUGGGGCCCUACUGCAACGAGGGACAAUUUCGCUGCGUGCCGAGCCUCAAGUGCAUACCCGAAACAUGGCGCUGCGAUGGGGAGUACGACUGCGGCGAGGGUGAUUUAACCGAUGAAGUCAACUGUACCGAUGCCGUGGCCCUCCAGUGCAGCGCCUUCGAGGGCGAGUGCCACAAUGGGGAAUGCCUGGAGCUGUCGCCCUUCUGCGAUGGCCACUGGGACUGUGAUAGCGACGAACUGCAAUGUGAUAAACAGGACGCUGCCUGUGCAGCCAUGAACUGCAGCUACAACUGUAAAUUGACGCCGCGGGGACCGCGCUGCUACUGCCCCGGGGGUCAGGUGCCGGAGUCGCUGAACUCCACAAGGUGCGUGGAUCACGACGAGUGCCAGGAGCCGGGCACCUGCGACCAGCUGUGCCGCAACACGCCCGGCUCCUACGAGUGCUCCUGCGUCUCCGGCUACGACAAGGCCAAGGGUGGACGCUGCCGGGCCAUCAAUGUACCCUCAUCGGAGCCAGCCACUUUGACGCUCUUCUCGAACGGAUCCGUACUGCACAUAUCCCUGCAGGAGCUCCAGUCGAAUGCCAGUGCGGAAAAAGCUGCCGCUGGAGGACUUCUUUCGGUGCUGGCAUUGCCCCAGGCGCAUGCCUUCGAGGUCAAUCGCACUGCUCUGGUCUCCACGCACAUCUACCACCCGAACACCGUGACCCUGGAUCUGGCCAAUGAGCAUGUCUAUUGGGUGGAUGUCUACGAGGAUGUGAUCGAGCGCGUCGACUACGAGGGACAGCGGCGUUGGACCCUCAAGAAGUUUCCCGACUCCCCUGUGCUGCUGCGGAGCCUGCAGGCCAUCGAGGUGUUUGAGAACACAAUUUAUUUGUCGCCCUGGACGGGAAAUGUCAUCGUUGCGCUGGACAGAUUCACCCACAAGACCCACCUGCUGCGGAGGAACGUAACGCGAGCGACGAAUUUUCGAAUUUCCCAUCGCCAGAAGCAGCCCGAGGUGGCGCAUCCGUGUCGCGAGAACAAUGGCGACUGUAAUCAGAUCUGUGUGCCGCUGUGGACGCGGAGAUUCGCCAGCGCCCGGUGCCUGUGCACGGCCGGCUAUAAAUUGCACAAUCAGACGACGUGCCUGCUGGCCGCCCAGGACAAGUUUCUGGUGUACAGCGACAAGCGAUUGAGUCGCAUCGCCGGCGUGCCCCUGGGCACCGAGCAGGUCCAGCAGCUGGAGCAGCUCGGCGAGCUGCCCGAUGUGAUGGUGCCCAUCUAUAAUGCGUCCAUUGGCCAGACCAUCGACGUGAAUGUCCGGGCAAAGUCGGUGUUCUAUGUGGUGCACGAUGACCUCGAUCUGGGGGUCCUGGAGGAGCCCAGCUUCAGCAUCAAGUGCCAGUCGUUGAACGGCAGCGUCUCCCGACCGCUGGCCCAUGGCCUCGAGCGAUUACAUUCCAUGGCCUACGACUGGAUCAACGAUCAUUUGUAUUGGGCCACCAACCUGAAGCUGCACGUGGCGCCGCUGCGGAACAUGAGCCAAGUGCUGACAUUCGCCACCGAAUGCGAUGCCAUGUCGAUUGAUUUGGAUCCCACCACGGGACUGCUCUACUGGACGCAGUGGUCCAUUCAGACCUGUUUGGCGGGCAUCUACAGUGCCUGGAUGGUUGGCACGCACAAGGAGCUGCUGGCCAAGGGCACCACGGAGAUGCCGAUGCACUGGCCACGCAGUCUCGAUGUGGACAGGUGGGCGAAGAGGAUCUAUUGGUGCGACUCGCUGUGUGGCUCUAUUGAGCGGAUGCGACUGGAUGGCACGGGACGGGAAGUGCUCCUAAAGUCGGACCAAUUCCAUCCGUACUCGAUGGUGCAGCACAAUGCGAUGAUCUACUGGGUGGGCACCAAGAAAUCGAGCAUCUUCCAUGUCCACCACGGCAAUCAGACGAGCACGGUUCAUCUGCAGAGCAGCGGGCGGUCGGCCGAUCUGCGGAUCUUUGAUGUGGCCACGCAGCCGAUGCCCCAGACACCCAGCGCAUGCUCGCAGUCCAAGUGUCCGGGGAUGUACCUGAAUACGCCCAAGGGAGCGAUAUGCCGCUCUGGCGCCUGCAACGGUGGCCGCCACGGUGCGUCGCAACUGCUCGUCGACCUUCCAGUGCCGGCAAUCGGGUGA